AUGAAGUUGUCUUUGUUACAUAAUUAUAUCCGUCGUGCAAUCCGACAUGGAGGAAGUAAAGUGAACAAAACUGAGCCAUUCUCGCGUACUACUUAUGUGAUAAAGGAAUUUCUAAUUCGAUUAGGAAAAUCAAUUGGAAUUUUAUCUGUAGCUGUCGUAUUUAUUGAUCUCAUUGGCUAUCCAGCAAGUAUUACUGGAUCAUCAAUGGAGCCAACGCUACAUGGUAGUAACAAGAAAUGGUGGAAACGGGAUAUUGUCUGGUUAUCACGUUUUGGUUUACAUACACCGAGGAUCGGACAAGUUUACACAUUUAUAUCACCAAAUGAUCCGGAUAAACGUCACAUUAAGCGUAUCACUGCUGUAGAUGGUGACAUAAUCAGGUGUCGUAUUUGCCAAAAAGCGGGCCAAGUUUCUUGGAAAUACCAACCGGUUGCUACUGGAUGGAAUCAGACAACCCUAAUAGUUUCCGGAGGAUUGUUAACAGCUCGGGCUACGCAUAUCAUCUGGCCCCCGAAACGAUGGCGUACCAUUAAAACAGAAAUGUUCGAGCACAGUACUGUCCCUGUUUCAAGACGACAGUCAUUUAUCGGAAUGAAUCUUCCAUGGUGA